AUGAAAUUUCGUUUUCCUUUAGAUUUACAACCAAAAAAUUCACCUCCAACCUUUAGAUAUGAUACACAUUAUUUUUCAGGUAAUGCUCUCAAAGGGAAAUGGAAAUAUUUAAGUCUUUUUUUAGUUUUUAUUUGCUAUUUUAUAUUAAGUUUCAUUCAUCGUUACCCACACGUUACAUGUAGACUAUUCCCACAUAUCAACAUCUUAUAUAGCUGGGCAGGAAGUCUAACUAAUCUUGGCCCAGCAAUGUAUUCAGCAAUUAACUCGUUAUCAAACUAUUCACUUACUAUAUACGUUUGUACAACACAUCCAGAAGAAGUUCCAAUAUUUCAAAAAAGAUUAGAUCAAAUUAAAAUCAAAUACGUUACAUUUAUUGCAGAAUAUCACAACGUAAGCUCAUUAACGACUAAAUACCAUUUAGGAAUUAUCUCAGAAACUUACAUUAGAAUAGUUUUCAGCGAUGCACACCCAGAAUUAGAAAGAUUUUUACAAUUAGACGGAGAUACACUCGUCACAGGAUCAUUUGAUGAGUUUUACUUUGCAUAUUUCAAUGAUACGUACGCAGUAGUAGUUUUAGAUAUUUGGAAAGAAUACGAAGGCUUCAAAAAUUAUUUUAAUUGCGGCUCUGUCGUUUUCAAUUGCCAAAAGUUUAGAGAUGAUAAAAUGGCAGAUAAAGUAAGAACGAAACUCAAAGAAUACGAAGUUACAAGAGGAGAAUGGAAUAAUGAUCAAACAGUUUUGAACGACAUCUUCGGAGACAAGAAGAUUAUUGCCCAUAAAAAGUAUAACGAGUUUAUGCCGAGUUUGACCAUGCAAACAAGAAUUUUCCAUUUUUAUGGUUUGAAAAAGAAACCUUACAAGCCAAACAUUAAAAGUAAUAAAUACUAUUUCAGGUUAUGGAGGUGUUACUUUCAUUACUUCAAUAACUCGAUAAAUCCAUGGGAAUUUGAUCGAGAUACAAAAAUCUGCACAAGAUUAGAGACAUUUAAGUAUUGGCAGUUUUAG